AUGGAGAGAAUGUAUGCCGGUGGCGGCGGAGUUGGUGGGAGCGGCGGCUCAAGCGGCGUUGUGCUGACAAGAGACCCAAAGCCGCGGCUGAGGUGGACUGCUGAUAUGCACGACCGUUUUGUCGAUGCUGUCACAAAGCUUGGUGGCACUGACAAGGCUACUCCAAAAUCAGUGCUGAGAGUGAUGGGGCUAAAGGGGCUCACAUUGUAUCACUUAAAGAGUCAUUUACAGAAGUACAGGCUUGGACAGCAGCAUGCUAAACAGCAGAAUUAUGCUCUUGACCAUAACAUAGACAGCUUUGAGAAUCCGUAUAUGCACAUUGCAAGUACAAGCACUAAUUCAUCGAGCAUGAACAGCGAACAAGGAGACGUUCCCCUCGCUGAAGCAGUAAGGUGCCAGAUCGAGGUGCAGAGAACGCUACAAGAACAGCUCGAGGUGCAGAAGAGAUUGCAAAUGAGAAUAGAAGCACAAGGGAAGUACUUGCAAGCCAUACUAGAAAGAGCCCAACUGAGCCUUUCUGCUAACUCGAAUCACUCGACUAAAGCUCAGCUAACAGACUUCAACUUGGCGCUAUCGAGCUUCAUUCACACCGUCAAUGGAAACAACAGGAAUGGAGAGGAAUCACAUGACACAAAAGACAUCAAACUCGAAAGGCCUUCCAUCGAGUUUGACCUCAACUCCAGAAGUAGCCACGCCUUCAUUGGCGUCUCCGGAUCAGGUUUCAAACACAAAACACUUCAAAAUCGAUGA